AUUAAUGAAAUAAUGAAUAUCGACGCCAAUGAAUACAACAAAUCAAAUGAGUCCCAAAUUCGGGACGGGAAUGAACUAAUCGGGAAAAUUGUUGCCGAAACUAGUGAUAAAGACUACGAGCAGAUAAUAGACAUCGGGUGCGGCACCGGAAACGUCACCCGAGAGCUGUCUCGGGCCGUGAAUGGCCGGCCAAUCACCGCUCUCGAUGUCGAUCCGGGUAUGAUUGGGUUCGCGCAGACCUCCACUAAUCGCAACCCUAAUAUCCGAUACGUAACCCAAGACUUUGGUGUCGAGUGGGACUCGUUGUCGGCCACUGUACGGGCUAUGGAGGACAGCGUGACUCUAGUAUUUACCAACCAUUGCCUCCAUUUAAUACCCGAUAAGUCAAAUGUGGUCACAAAUAUCGGUAGACUUUUGCGCCCAAAUGGCCGCCUCUACGCCAAUAUCGGCUAUAAUGCAGAUCUCUAUAUGAAUUUGACGGGAAAUACGGUUGAAACGGAUACCGAGAUGAAUGUAUGGCUCAAUCUGUUCCGGUCUAGAGGUUUGAAUGUGUUGUCCAAAGAGUUUUGCCUCCGUGAUAAUCGUUACGAACUGGAUGCUUUUACUAAAAGCAUCGAUGGUUUGAAACAAUCCCUGUUAAACAAUUAUAGCGACUCUAAACGUGAUAAAUUGGAUGAAUUGUUUUCUAAUGUUUUGGCCAAAUGUGAUAAAUAUGUGGACAAUAGGACCGGGAAGACAAUGGGUGUUUUUUAUUGGACUACAACAUUUUAA